CAUACCUUUAAUACGAAAAGUGGGAUUUUGCAUUAUCCUGAAAUUCAUAGGCGUGGAUUCGAAAAUUUCCGUUCAAUUUUCGACAGCCAGCCCUCAAAAAGAACUUGGUCUCCGCGUUUGAUUUUUAAAAUUUCAUCGUUUUUCUUUUUCUCUUCGCAGCAAAACGAAGAAGUUGCUCUUUCCUGCCCCUCAGGGUCCUCCGCGGUCUCCUUCGGUCUUGUUCGUUGCCUUAAAAUUAAGAUUUUUAUGAUCUGACUUGCUCCACAUGUCAGCAAUGCGAUGCUGAGCUGGAUAGUUCAGGAAUCAAAUUUCUAGGCUUCUAGCUCAAGAAAACUUCCUCUACUUCUUCAGAUGGAAUUUACAGAUGCUUACAAACAAACCGGCCCCUGUUGCUUCUCCCCCGAUUCGCGCUUCCUCGCCAUAGCCGUCGACUAUCGGCUAGUCAUCAGAGAUAUUGUCUCUCUCAAGGUUGUACAACUGUAUUCAUGCGUGGACAAGAUAAGCUACAUCGAAUGGGCUCUCGACUCAGAAUACAUUCUUUGUGGUCUUUACAAGAGGCCAAUGGUCCAGGCAUGGUCAUUGACACAACCUGAAUGGACAUGCAAAAUAGACGAAGGCUCUGCUGGUAUUGCUUACGCAAGGUGGAGCCCAGAUAGUCGGCAUAUUCUAACUACAUCUGAUUUUCAGUUGCGACUUACUGUCUGGUCAUUGGUGAAUACAGCUUGUGUCCAUGUGCAGUGGCCGAAACAUGCUUCAAAAGGAGUGUCAUUUACCCAGGAUGGCAAGUUUGCUGUGAUAUGCACACGGCAAGAUUGCAAGGAUUACAUAAAUCUGCUGUCUUGUCACACAUGGGAGAUAAUGGGAGUUUUUUCUAUUGACACGCUGGACCUAGCGGAUAUUGAAUGGUCACCUGAUGAUAGUGCAAUUGUGGUAUGGGACUGCCCUCUGGAAUACAAGGUGCUUGUUUAUUCUCCAGAUGGGAGGUGCUUGUUUAAAUACCAAGCGUAUGAAAGUGCAUUGGGUGUAAAAACUGUUGCCUGGUCACCAUGUGGUCAGUUCCUAGCAAUUGGUAGUUAUGAUCAGAUGUUAAGGACAUUGAAUCACCUGACAUGGAAAAUCUUUGCUGAAUUUGUGCAUGUUCCCACAGUUCGAGGUUCUUGUAAUGCUGCAGUCUUCAAGGAGGUUGACGAACCUUGGAACCUGGAUAUGUCAGAACUCUCUCUCGAGGAUGAAUUUCGUCAUAAUAUUUCAGGCAAUUGUGCUGAGGUUACUCCUGAAAGCCACUUCCGAGUUAGAUACAAAGUGAUGGAGCUUCCGAUUACUUUACCUUACCAAAAGCCACCACCAGACAAACCAAAUCCAAAGCAAGGUGUUGGCCUUCUGUCAUGGAGUAAAGAUAGUCAGUAUCUAUUCACUCGUAAUGACAGCAUGCCAACUAUUCUUUGGAUAUGGGACAUACACCAUCUUGAGCUUUCUGCUAUUUUGAUACAAAAAGAGCCAAUCAAGGCAGCAGCUUGGGAUCCUUCACGUUCUCGCCUGGUUUUGUGUACUGGAAGCUCGCACUUGUAUAUAUGGACACCAUCUGGUGCAUGUUGCGUAAAUAUUCCACUGCCACAGUUUAUGAUCAAUGACCUGAAAUGGAAUGCAGAUGGUAGCUGCCUUCUCCUCAAGGAUCGUGAGUCAUUUUGCUGUGCUGCAGUUCCCAUGCUGCCAGAGUCUGAUGAGGAGAGCUCAGAGGGAUGACAGUUCUCUGUCCCUUGUGGCAAGAAACUCUUUGCCAUGUGACCAAACUUGGGAACACGUUUUACGGGACAAAGCUUGUAAUGCUCAUACUACUUGUAGCUGUCAAUCAAGGAACACAAUUAAAUGCUUUGUUUCUCUGCAAUCAUUUCUGUUACUACUAAUUGCAAGAAGAAACAUGAACACAAAUUUAUAUGCUUAGAUUGGCCCAGUUAA